CACCAAAAUCGUCAAAGUGGUACGGUUGGCAUUUUGGUUCAGAAACGGCUUUAAGCCGUUCCUGACUUCAAACGAUGGACGGAAUGGAUUCUAUUAGAACCCUCUAAGUGGACCCCACAUGGCCCGAGGUCACAUUUAUGUAAAUCUGCCGUAGACUACAGGAUCAUUUUCAUCACCAAAACGCCCUAAUCCCUCCAAAACGCCCAAAAUGCGAGCUCCCUCUCCCUCUCCCUCUUUGUCGAUCUCCCUCUCCCGAUCUCAACCAUCUCUCUCUAUCUCUCUCUCCUGAUCUCCCUCUCUUUCAAUCUCCCUCUCCCGAUCUCAACCCUCUCUUUCCAUGCAAUUUCCUCAACGUCUUGCUCAAAAUGUCAACGGAUUGAAGCUUUUUGGCCCUUUGCAGGGUUUUCAGCUAGCUCUGCUGCUCCCGAUGCAAGAUCUCGUGCGAGAACGGAGGAAAAUGAUGGAUUCUAGAGAUCUCUAGUGUUUUGGCAAGUUUCAUGUUGGGAUAAUCGAGAAAAUCCGAGCUCUUGGAGGUUUCCUUUUGAGAUAUGCUGAACAGCAGCGGCAUUGCUAGAAAAUCGAAGCUUUGUAUGAGAUUCUAGGGUUUUUGUUGAAAGUCCUAAUUCAGGUUGGCAUUCCUGCCUUAUCUGCCAUAAAAGCUCAAAGCUUCAAUGCUUCUGCUGUCCAAACUCAGUUUGCCAGCAUGUACAAGAGCCGCUGUGGUUGUGCAUGUCAAAAGGAAAAAAGGCUUUUGCACUAACUGCUUAAGACUUGCUCUACUAAUAGAAGAAAACCUGGAUGUCGAUUCCGAUGGGGGUAAAGUGGAUUUUAAUGACACAGAGACGUGUGAAUUUUUGUUUAAGGAAUACUGGGAUUUGAUAAAGCAGCAUGAAGGCUUAUCAGUGCAAGAUCUUCAUGCUGCAGAUGCCCUAAUGAAGAAGGGCGAGAACUAUGAGGAACUCCCUGAAGAUGAAAGGGAUUUAAUCUUUGAUGUUGGUGAAAUGGACCAAAAAAGUGAUGAUGAGUUUCCAUUAAUUGGAAAAUACACAGAAUAAGAUGUUUGGAAUUCCUUUUGAUACGCUUUGAUUGGAAUUCCUUUCUGUUCUUGGAUUUGCAGCUCGUGAUUUCCGUUUUAUCCUCUCAGGCAUAAAGAGGGCUUCCGAGUCUUACAAGACAGGAGAGAUUAGUACAGACGUUGUCCUGAAUGUGUCCAAUUUGAUGAAGGAUAUUCGCAUUUGCAUGGUAUCAGACGAUGACUUCUCCGAGGUAAAUGUUGUCACCAAUUGCUUAUGUUUUAAAGAUAUUGUGGCAAGUAUACUCAACAGUUGAUCUCAAUUUUCAUAAGCUACCAAAUUAAUUGACUUGGAAUUCAGCUAGAGCGACUCAGUUUAGUUGAUUCCGAGUAUGAAAUCAAAUUGCAUUUCUGUAGAAUUUCUUAUGCGUUGGUUGACUGGCCAAUUUCUUCAUCAUGUUGUGGGU